CGCCCUGCGGACUCAGUUUCAAAGAUGAUGUUGUCGGGUGAGUGUGUGUGUUGACCUGAGGGAAGCGCUCGUGUAAUGUGCAUUCGUCCAUGAGGUGCCUUUGCAAUUGUGUGCGAAAAAAUAUAAUGUUUAGUGUUGACGCGUGGAGAUAAUUACCAGCAUGCUGCGGUUCUUUAGCAAAAGAGUCGGGCGCAAUGCCCAGAAGUACAAAACUGUGGACGACGGGCGGGCGGCGGGCGCGCCUCCCAAGCCCAAGCAUAUUCUCCCCUGCAAGGUCAUGCUCCUCGAUGACAGCAACCUCUCCUUCGACUUACCGAAAAAGGCGCUGGGCCAGGAGCUGUACGAGCGGGUCUUCUACUCCAUGGACAUCAUCGAGAAAGACUACUUCGGCCUCCAGUACACGGACGCCAACCACGUCCCGCAUUGGCUUGACCCGACUAAAUCAAUAAAAAAACAAGUUAAAAUCGGGCCGCCGUACACGUUCCGGUUCAAAGUCAAGUUCUAUUCGUCCGAGCCGAACUUGCUGCGGGAGGAGCUGACCCGGUACCAAUUCUUUUUGCAGCUGAAAAGUGACAUAGUCUCAGGGAAACUGGAAUGCCCUUAUGCUCUCGGUGUUGAAUUGUUUGCUUUAAGCCUUCAGUCUGAGCUUGGUGACUAUGACCCAGAAGUUCAUACUCCAGGGUUUGUAUCCGAAUUCCAUUUUUCCCCGAUGCAGUCUGAUGCAAUGGAGGAAGAUACGUUGGAGAAAUUUAAAGAAUUUACAGGGUUAACUCCAGCCCAAGCUGAGCAGAGUUAUUUGAACAAAGCAAAGUGGCUGGAGAUGUAUGGAGUAGACAUGCAUGAAGUGAUGGGGAAAGAUGGCGGAGGCUACAGACUAGGAUUAACACCCACUGGCAUAUUGGUGUUUGAAGGGGAAACCAAAAUUGGUCUCUUCUUUUGGCCCAAAAUAACACGUCUAGAUUUCAAAAAGAAAAAAUUAACUCUCAUGGUAGUAGAGGAUGAUGACGAGGGGCGGGAACAAGAACACACUUUUGUUUUCAGGUUGCACAAUGAGAAGGCCUGCAAGCACCUCUGGAAGUGUGCUGUUGAACACCACUCAUUUUUCAGGCUAAAAGCUCCAAGUAAAGGACCCUCUGGAAGACAAAAUUUCUUUAGAAUGGGUUCAAGGUUUAGAUACAGUGGACGCACAGAGUUCCAGACGACCCUUCAACAACGCACUAGACGCACAGUGCAGUUUGAGAGGCGUCCAAGUCAACGUUUUGCUAGACGACAAAGUCAUGUUGCAAAGGAAAAGCACCAGAAAAGUGUUAUUGAGAAACGAGCUGAUAAAGUGAAAGCUGCUGAAACUGCCAGUACUGGUGCAAGCACUGCAACAAGUACACCUCCUUCAGAAACACCUGCAAACCCAAGUGUAACGACCAUAGCAAGCACUCAUCUGGGAGCACUCCAACUGUCACCUCCUCAGCAACACCUCCACCUUCUCCAUUGGAUGUACCAUCUUCGCCAGCUCAAGUGUCUGCACAUGCCCUAGCCCACCUGCCCACAUCAUCCAUUACGUCCCAUUCCUCCUCCACUACAACAUCCUCAGGAGGUGCUGCAUCUAGUCCAGGCACUUUAACAGCAGCUCCAACAUGUAAUGGCACAGAAGAUGCCACGUAUGCUGCUGAAGACAGGCUAGACAGCUUGAUUAAGAGUUUGGCCAAAGACACAUCAGUACCAAGCUAUUUGGACAGUACAGUCAAUGAGCUGGCUCUGGCCAAGCCAAUUCAGAAAGAUUCUGGGGCAGAGGCUCUGCCACAGCCCACAGGGGCAAUAGAAGCAGAAGUCCUUGUCAACAAGAUGAAGAACCUAGACAGCUGCAACAGCAAUAACAAUAAUGUAAGCUCCGCAACUUCAAAAGUGAAGGACGUGAAUGUGGUGGUCGUCCCCAACAACCAAGCCACACUCACCAAGAACGCAGCCCGACCCAUUCCUCCCGAGCAGUUCAAGUCAAAUAUAUUGAAAG